ACCAGCUGUAGUAAAUGGAAAAACGAUCCUCUGACCUGGGGGUGCUCAUAAAUAAAUCAGCAGAAGAGAGAAUGAAAGAGAGGCUUCAGGCACCCAUAUGUCCCCCUGACAGCAAAUUUAACGUGUCAAAGAAAUAAUCUGUGGAGAUAUGUAGAGUUUUACUCUAAAAAGGGUAUUUUUUUCUUCAAAAUAGAUUAGAGAGAUGAGUGGAGCGAAAGGGAAGGAAAACUGACAUCAGGGCAAUUUGUAAGAGCCAGGCUGGUGGCGUCACUGGCUCUUUUCUGGAGUCUUGCUGCAUUUAUUCAAAGCUUAUUCUCAAGUUGCAAUGUGGCUCAAGUGAAAACAAACCUGUUCGUCCAAGGACUUGCGCUCACAACACAAUGCUGCCUGUUUGUUCCCUUUUAUGUUACUCUGACUUUCGGAUCAGGCUUGUUCAGGGAGUCACAGACAAAACAGCUCUUUUCUGCUCUUUCACCACUUUGACAAACGUUGCGUAUUUACCUGCUGCUCAUCUGGGAAGAGGUGAAAAACUCCUCCCAUGGUUUGGUGUGCGCUAAGAAGGAAGACUGCAACAAGAUAAUCUACUAUUACACUGGCCUUUUCUUUACUGAAAAAUGCCCAAGAGUUCCCGUGCGUCAUUCCUGAUUAGACUUGGAGUCUGACGUCGCCAGCGCAGCAUUCAAGAAGAAAAUACCUCACAGAAAUGUUAAAGUCCAACAUCUUUUUUUAAUCACAUCCGGAGUGACGGAUGUCUCUUUUUUUUUCUUUUCACUCUUUUUUUUUUUAAUAGACGCGGAUCAACAAGUUGCAGUCAGUGCGUAAUUUCCAUCUGACCAGAGUCCAAACAUAAUCCGAGAGCGACACACGUGAUCCACAAAAUCUCUUCGGUUGCAAAUUUUCCCCAUCUCAUCUGACUAGAAGAAGACGAAGGGGGGAAAAAUAAGCCGUGGACAAUCCUGUGAAAUCAUCUUGUCCGAUUAUUAGUGAAUAGCUGCAAGAGCUGAUCGGCUCCAUGCCUCACCGCGUCUCCAGAUGCCCGCUUGGCCGGUGCUCGGCAACUUUGCGCGCCGAAAGAGGCUCACAACAGAGACGGGAUCUGAAUGAAUGCGGCUGAAAUUUCCUCGCAUCUCUUAUCUCGCUUCCCCAAGACUCUUGAAUGUGUUUUAUAUCCCGCGGGUUGAACGUAUCUCGCGCUAUUAGCAGCUGUACGGGUAGAUAAACACAAGACUCGGCGGCGCAUCGGUCCAUCACUGGAACAGGGGAGCGGCAGAUGUCGAAGAAACGGAAAGGUCCUGAUGACCAGGGCAUCCAGGAAUCCCCCCCGGCACGCAGCAGCGAGCAGCAGGGCUUGACAGAUGAAAAAGUGAAGGCCUACCUCUCGCUGCACCCGCAGAUGCUGGACGAAUUUGUGUUGGAGAGUGUGAGUGCUGAGACGUUGGACAGAUGGCUGAAGAGGAAGACCAGCAGCAGGCCUGCAGAUGGCACAUCGACUAAAGAAGUCAGCAGGCAGUACCAGGACACAAACAUGCAGGGUGUGGUGUAUGAACUGAACAGCUUCAUGGAGCAGCGGCUGGACGCUGGAGGAGAUAACAAACUUCUGCUCUAUGAGUUGUCCAACAUAAUCAAAACAGCAACAAAAGCUGAUAGUUUUGCACUUUAUUUCUUGGGAGAAUGCAACAAUAGUUUAUGUUUAUACACUCCAAGGAGGGCCAAGGAUGGCGGUCCAAGCCUCGUCCCGUAUGGCCCCAUCUCAUACGGGACAACCAUUGCCGCUUACGUUGCCAAGACUCGCAAAACACUGCUAGUAGAGGACAUCAUGGGGGACGAGCGAUUUCCGGACGGCACAGGGCAGGACUCAGGGAUCCAUGUUCACUCUGUCCUGUGUCUCCCCGUCCUCACUGCCAUUGGGGACCUCAUCGCCAUCCUGGAGCUGCAUCGGCACUGGGGCAGGGAGCCUUUCAACCUAAGACACCAAGAGGUUGCAACAGCAAAUUUAGCUUGGGCAUCUGUUGCCAUUCAUCAAGUACAGAUGUGCAGAGGCCUUGCCAAACAGACUGAGCUUAAUGACUUCCUACUAGAUGUGUCAAAAACAUACUUUGAUAACAUUGUGGCAAUAGAUUCUCUACUUGAACAUAUUAUGAUAUAUGCAAAAAACCUGGUGAAUGCAGACAGAUGUGCGCUCUUCCAGGUAGAUCACAGCAACAAAGAACUGUACUCUGACCUGUUCGACAUCGGGGAGGAGAAGGAAGGCAAACCUGUGUUUAGAAAAACAAAAGAAAUAAGAUUUUCCAUAGACAAAGGAAUAGCUGGCCAAGUAGCUCAGACAGGGGAAGUCUUAAAUAUCCCAGAUGCCUAUGCAGACCCACGGUUCAACCGAGAGGUAGACCUCAAAACUGGCUACACCACGCGGAAUAUCCUGUGCAUGCCCAUUGUGAGCAGGGGAACCGUUAUCGGUGUGGUGCAGAUGGUGAACAAGCUAAGCGGAAGUGCCUUCACUAAAACCGAUGAGAACAACUUUAAGAUGUUUGCUGUCUUUUGUGCUCUGGCCUUACACUGUGCAAAUAUGUACCACAGGAUCCGGCACUCUGAAUGCAUCUACAGAGUGACGAUGGAAAAGCUGUCCUAUCACAGCAUCUGCACGUCAGAGGAGUGGAAGACCCUCACCCAACUCAACCUUCCUGAACCCAUUUACAAAGAAAUUGAAACGUUCCAGUUUGACAUCAAUCCCUUUGAGGAGAUUUGGCCGGCCGUCUUCAUCUACAUGGUUCACAGCUCCUGUGGAAAGUCCAGCUUUGAGCUGGAGAAGCUCUGCAGAUUCACCAUGUCAGUACGGAAAAACUACCGCCGUGUGCCCUACCACAACUGGAAGCAUGCGGUCACAGUGGCACACUGCAUGUUUGCCAUCCUGCAGAAAACCACCGGGAUCUUCACAGAGCUAGAGAAGAAGGGUUUGUUGAUAGCCUGUCUGUGUCACGAUCUGGACCAUCGAGGUUACAGCAACACAUACCUGCAGAAGUUUGACCAUCCACUGGCUGCUCUGUACUCCACCUCCACCAUGGAGCAGCACCACUUCUCCCAGACUGUCUCCAUCCUGCAGCUGGAAGGGCACAAUAUUUUCUCCAACCUGAAUUCCAGCGAGUACGAGCAGGUGCUGGAGAUCAUUCGGAAGGCUAUCAUCGCCACCGACCUUGCCCUCUACUUCAACAACCACCAGCAGCUGACGGAGCUCCUGACCACCGGUGGCUUGGACCUGAACAACCAUUCACACAGGGACCGUGUGAUUGGUCUGAUGAUGACAGCAUGUGACCUGUGCUCUGUUACCAAGCGGUGGCAAGUCACACGACUCACAGCUAACGACAUCUAUGCUGAGUUCUGGGCUGAGGGAGAUGAAAUGAAGAAGAUCGGAAUUCAGCCGAUCCCUAUGAUGGACAGAGACAAGAAGGACGAGGUUCCCCAGGGCCAAGUGGGAUUCUACAACAGUGUGGCAAUUCCAUGCUACAUGACACUUUCAGAGCUUUUCCCUCCAUCUAGUCCACUCCUAAAUGCCUGCAAGGAGAACCUGAAUCAUUGGGAGCAGAUAGUUCGUGGGGAGGUGGAGGAUGUUCUGCCCACCCGGCCCAGUGAAUCAGGCCCUGUCAAGGUGGACAACUGACUACCAAAGGGGUCACUGACCCAACAAAGAAACAUACGAAC